UGAUGUCAGGGACUGCCACGGUUGCAUCGUUUGUUUUACUGCUGCCCUGAUGGGAAAGAGACACAACAUGAGAUCGAGUUCAGGUUUGGUGGAAAUCAUCGGGUUGACAGAGAAAUUUACAUUUAAUCCUAAAGAGGGAAUAGACAACCCAGUGAUGGUCAUCACAGAUGAUGCAGACUCUGUGUCGACACCCAGCACACGGCUGUGUGUUCUCAAACGUGAGGAAGGGGAGUCCUAUGGCUUUAAUUUACGAGUGGAGAGGGGGCUCCAGGGUCACAUCAUCAGAAACGUGGUGGUAGGGGGAGUGGCAAGGUUCAGUGGCCUGGAAGAUGGAGACAGACUUCUGGAAGUCAACAACUGCUAUGUUGACGAUGUUCCUCACCCUGAGGUGUCCAGGAAGAUAAAGCUAAGCGGACACCAGUUGUGUUUACUAGUGUUGAAUGGGGAGGAGUAUGAGCGGGUUGUGUCACAAGGUCAAGAUCUCCGCGGUCUGGCCAGAGCACACAAGGGCGAGGGCUGUAAACCACCCAGAUUCUGCCACAUCACCAGGGAUCCUGCCUCAGGUCUGGGCAUCAGCUUCUUACCCGUGGAAGGAGAGAAAGGGCACUUCUCAGUGAGCCUGGUGACAGGAGGUGCAGCUGAAAAGGCCGGAGUGUGUAAGGGAGAUCGUCUGGUGUGGAUGAAUGGAGCGACAGUGUGCGACCUCACACACACUGCACUCAACAGGAUGAUGAAAAAAUGUGGCAAUCACAUCACCAUCCUGGUGAUCGACAGUGAGAGUGAGAAGAGCCACAUGCGGCAGAGGAGGCCCAUCCUACCCACCAUGGCUGUUCCACAUAACCUGCCUUAUAGAGCCAGGAAACUCCUCCUGGUCUCAGGGCCUGAGGGCUACGGCUUCCUCCUUAGGCUGGAGAGGGCGCCAUCAGGACGCAUGUCUCAUGUCCUGCGAGAGAUGGACAAAGACAGUCCAGCAGAGAGGGCAGGUAUGCAGGACGGAGAGCUGCUGCUGGAGAUCAAUGCUGAGUCGGUGGAGGCACUGACGCACGAAGAGGUUGUGGACAGAGUGAGACAGAGUGGACAGCAGGUUUCCCUCACCACCAUCACUUCACAGGGGCUGGAGUUUUACACCAAGUUGGGUCUGUCCCCUCUUCUCUUCUGUGAAGAUGAUGGAGUUGAGGAAGAAAAGGAGAGCAGUGUAGCAGCCUCUGAAGCAGAGCAGUCAUCACAGAAUGAAAUGGAAGGCUUGUGCAAGCCCAGACUCUGUUCUCUCCUAAAAGGCCCUUUGGGGUUUGGCUUUAAUCUGGGUUGUGUACUACACAGUCCAGGGACCUUCAUCAGCAAGGUGGUUUUCGGCGGCUCGGGGCAGAGCGCAGGACUAAUCGAGGGAGAUGUGGUGAUUGAAGUGAAUGGACAAAAUGUGGAGGAGAAAUAUCUGGAGGAUGUUAUGAUACUCAUGAAGGAUGGAGGCCAUUUUCUUUCAUUAUUAGUCAUGGAAAAGACAAGCUAUAACAAGAUGAAGCAGACUGACUCACCAGCCAAUGACGUCACUGAGCAGGAGGAGGAAGACUUUGAGAUAUCAUCUUUGUGAGCACUGAAGACACAUGAUUCUGAAGAAAUUCUCACCAUAUAUCUGCUCAGAAAGAAAACUACUACUCUUCAGAAAAUGAACACUGGAUAUGUAAAGUAUUGAUAAUAAAUGGGCUAAAACAUUGUCAUGGCCCUUGAAUAUGUACAUUUUGUGUUGAUUGCAUUGUUGUGAAUGGAAGAGGAAGGUUAUGUUUUAUGUGUACCAUGUAUUAUGUAUAAAAAAGAAAUUAAAUGUUUAUCGUUGA